AGUGUUGCACUCAAAGACAUUCCUACUUCAGAACAUGCAACAGACACAAAAACAAAGGACUUGACAUUCAGUGAAUCACAAACAGAAAGAGCACUCGGGAUGUAUUGGAACAUAGAAAAGGAUUGUUUUACAUUCAACAGAGCUGUAAAGGACCAACCCCCAACCAGACGCAGCAUCUUGUCCACAGUCGCAGCAAUAUUUGACCCGUUGGGUUUCAUCGCUCCGUACGUUCUUAACGGCAAAAGAAUCCUGCAGGAAAUGUGCUGCCAAGGUACAGACUGGGAUGAUCCACUCUCUGAACAUCUCAACCCGCAAUGGCAGUGCUGGAAAGAAGAUCUGCACAACCUGAAAAGGUUGCAAAUAAACAGAUGUUAUGUUCCUGCAUCGUUUGGAGAUGUGGUAAAAAGAGAAUUGCACCACUUUUCUGAUGCAAGUACGACAGGAUAUGGACAGUGCACUUACCUAAGACUGAUAAACAAAAACAAAGAGGUACACUGUAGUUUUGUAAUGGGCAAAGCUCGAGUCUCUCCAACAAAGGUUACCACAAUUCCGAGGCUAGAGUUGACCGCAGCUGCAGUAUCAAUCACAGUAAGCAGCAUGCUAAAGGAAGAGUUACUCUAUGACAAUGUGGAAGAGUUCUUUUGGACAGAUUCAAAGGUCACGCUGGGGUACAUUAGCAAUGAAGCAAGACGCUUCCACACAUUCGUUGCCAAUAGAGUGCAAAAAAUACGUAACAAUACUGCACCACAGCAAUGGUUCUAUGUACCGACGAGUGAAAACCCCGCUGACAUAACAUCAAGGGGCACAUCAGUAGCAGAACUGCUAUCAUCAAACUGGCUCACAGGCCCUCAGUUCUUAUGGGAAAGGAAGUUAAAUCUUCCAACUAAAGAGUCUAUUGAACUUUUGGUGGGAGAUCCAGAGGUGAGAAAAGUGCAAACACUCAACAGCCAAACUACAGAACACAGAAGUCUCUGUGACCGUCUCACAAGGUUCUCAUCCUGGUCACAUGCUGUCAGUGCCAUAGCACGUCUCAAGCGUUUCUUACUCAGAGACAAAUCAAAGUCACUCAGCACUGUAACUGAAAGACAAAACGCUGAAAUGGUGAUUAUCAAAAACUUACAAGGACUAACAUUUUCAGAUGAGAUAAAGACAUUAAGCAAAGGAAAGGCACUACAUGAGAGCAACAAAAUGUACAACUUGGAUCCUUUCUUGGACGAAGACAAUGUGCUCAAGGUGGGAGGAAGGCUACAACACUCAUCGCUUCCUAACACAUUCAAACAUCCAACUGUCAUUCCAAGAGACCAUCAUAUUACUAAACUCAUAAUCGCUCACUGUCACGAAAGAAUAAAUCAUCAAGGAAAGAGCUUCACAAUGAAUGAAAUACGGUCCAGCGGUUAUUGGAUUCCCAAGCUAAGUCAAACAGUAUCAGACUACAUUCGUCAGUGUGUGACAUGUCGGAGACUAAGGAGAGCUGUGGAAGGACAAAAAAUGAAAGAUCUCCCCACAGAAAGAGUCGAACACUCUCCGCCUUUCACAUACUGUGGUAUGGAUGUUUUUGGCCCGUUCCUAACCAAACAAGCAAGAAAAGAAAACAAAAGGUACGCUCUCCUUUUCACUUGUUUCUAUUUCCGAGCAGUACACGUAGAAAUGUUAGAAGACCUGACUACGGACGCUUUCAUUAAUGGACUAAGGUGCUUUAUAGCUCUGAGAGGCUCUGUCAGACAAAUAAAAUGUGAUCGAGGUACUAACUUUGUAGGUGCCAAAAAUGAACUGUGUGCAGCACUGAAUGAAAUAGACACUGAAAAACUGACAACCUUUCUAUCUGAAAAACAAUGUGAUUUUGUGUUUAACACACCCCAUGCUAGCCACGCAGGUGGAGUAUGGGAACGACAAAUUCGGACUGUGAGAAACGUCCUCAACGCCACACUUGCUCUCGCAAAGAGACGACUCACCGAUUCAUCGCUCAGAACCUUUCUCUAUGAAGCAGCUGCAAUAGUAAACAGCCGCCCGUUGACGACAGACAAUCUCAAUGAUCCAAACAGUUUGAAACCAAUAACUCCAAAUCAUCUCCUAACUAUGAAAACCACAACAGCUUUGCCUCCUCCAGGACAGUUUGUUAAAGAGGAUCUGUAUGCUCGGAAGCAAUGGCGUCAGGUACAAUACCUGACAGAGCAAUUUUGGGGCAGAUGGAAGAGAGAAUAUCUUCACAACAUCAGGGUUCGGCAGAGAUGGCAUGCUGCUAAAAGGAAUAUGCAAGUAGGUGACAUAGUGAUGGACAAGGAAGAAAUACUGCCACGAUCCCAAUGGAGACUUGGUAGGGUUGUGGACACCAUAACAGACAAAGAUGGACUUGUGAGAAAGGUCAAAGUAACCUUUGCAGACAGAAACCUUAGUAAAAAGGGUGAACGUUUGCAUAAGAUGUCUACAGUGGAACGCCCAGUUCAUAAGUUGGUUCUACUGUUAGAAAGUUGCGAAAAGCAAGAUGCAUUAAGAAGUUAAAACGCAAUGAAAAUUUGUUGUUGCAUAUACAAAGGUAUUAUUAUUGUUAAGUUACCUGUUUAGAAAUUAUUUGCGUUUUAUUUGUUUGUAACAGCAAAUAAUUUGGUGGGAGUGUAACGGCGGAUAUGUAAAGCUAGCGCAUAUUCACGUAAUAUAACAUUUGUGCUUUUAGUUUGGUAACUUCCUGUGUGACCGGAAGUGAAUGAUGUAACGGUAAACAACUUGAUGUGCAAAAGAGACGGAAGAAAACGGAAAACUAAUGCUAACGGAGAAAAGGGAGAGAAGAAUAUAGUUAAAUUGUACAAAAACGAAUGGUUCUAGCUACAGUCGACAGGGGAACAAGCUCUUACGUUGGUUCGUUGUCUGAUACACGGCAAGGAAUAAUAAAGGUCAUUCAACAACCAUCAGUUCUGGCCUUCUCAGUUCGACUGGAUGCUACACUGGGUUUUCAGCAUUAAUAAAGAAACCUGCAACAAGGACAGUUAGCAUGCAGUCUGGAGCAGCCAGGGAUCGACCCAAAAACCAUCUGAUUAGUAGAUGACCUGCUCCACCUCCUGCUCCACCUCCUGAGCCACAGCCACCCCUUUCAGAGGUAAAGAAUGAUUUAGAAAGAGCUGGCGUCAUGUUGUGGAAGCUGCCAUCUUGCCCCACCAUCAUACACUGGCUGAGAUGGGCAUCGCUGCGCCGCCUUUUCAUGUUUUAUGCAUUACGCUGACGGAGGGAUGGAUGGACCAUGAAUGCUUUCUCAUCCUUCUUGUCAUGCACCAUGGAAGUGUCUGAGGGGCUUUUCCACUUGGAAUGGGGAUACUGUGUCCACACUUCAGAGGUGGAGUUUCCAGCAUCUCACCUGGGCCUCAUCUGCAAACAAUCAGCAGGAGGGCUUCUUAAACCAGCGCUGCCUGCUACUCCUCGCCAGUUUGUUCUGCCAUCUCCAGUGGUAACUAGGCUUCCCCUCUGCUCCAGUUCUGGCGUGCUCCUUCCCUGUGUUUAACCUUGUUUUCCCUGUGUUUAGCUCUCCUCUGCCAACAUACUCAUCCUACCCUCAAACUCCCUUACCCGUCCAGCAACUUCUUCUCCCUCUGUUGCAGAAUUCCCGUUGGAUUGUUCCCAUCAGCAGCCAGGUGUUCAGUCUCUCGAUAGCUUUUCCUCUGGUUCCUGCUGUCUGCUGACACUCCUAGCUCGAGCCACGUUCUCCAUUCCCUCUCUUUAAACAAAGUCUCAUAAAUAGUUUAACCAUGUGCAUUGAAUCUGCAUUUGGGUCUAAGCUUUCUAUGCAGGGAAGAAAUCAUCACAGUGACAUCUAUUUAAUUUUCAAUUCAAUUUUAUUUAAAGAGCGCCAAAUGACAGCAACAGUCACCUGAAGGCGCUUUAUAUUGUAAGAUAUACUUACAAAGAAAACCCC